UUCAUUUUGACCUCCUACGUGGUUUGAGACCAGAUACGAUACGAAAUGGACUCGAAAUCUAAAUUCCCCCCAUUCGAAUUGCAGAAGUCUCGAUUCGACCAGGACACAUUUUAUGGAAGGUUACGCCACUUUCUUGAUGUCAUUGACCCAUCCACCCUUUUUACCUCUGAAUCAAAACUGAAUGAAUGUAAACAAUUGCUGGAUGACUAUAAAAACAAGCAGACACCACCUGGUACAACAGAUGAGCAGUUAUGGCGAGCCCAGAAGGUCAAGCAGGCAAUUAUUCACCCUGACACUGGUGAAAAAAUCUUGACGCCAUUUAGAAUGUCAGGGUAUGUGCCCUUUGGAAGUCCAAUUGUAGUGGGUCUGUUGCUGCCUAACCCCAGUGUGAAGGGCGUGAUCCUCUGGCAGUGGCUCAAUCAGAGUCACAACGCUUGUGUUAACUACGCCAAUAGAAACGCUACCAAGCCAACCCCUACCAGUAGGUUCAUGGCUGGGUAUGUCGGUGCUGUUACAAGUGCUGUGUCUAUAGCUGUGGCUUUGAAUAAGUUUAUCCAGAAAGCUGAUAAAUUCAGUCCUGCAACAAAAACAUUGAUUACCAGAUUUGUUCCAUUUCCAGCUGUUGCCGCAGCAAAUGUGUGUAAUGUUUUACUGAUGAGGAACAAUGAACUGGCUGAGGGAAUCGAAGUUGUGGAUAGUAACCAGAAUGUGGUCGGAACAUCAAAAAUAGCUGCUAAACGGGCUCUACAAGAGACGGCAAUCACAAGGAUGUUCCUGCCCGCCCCGGUACUGAUGCUGCCCCCUCUGGUCAUGUCACUAAUAGAGAGGACGCGGUUUCUGAAGAGAAAUCCUAAGUACCACCUGGCAGUAAAUGCGGUAGUAUGUACUGCUGUGUUCGGGUGUGCUUUACCAGUCGCCAUUGCCUUGUUCCCUCAGUAUUCACGGAUAUCUGUGAAAGACUUGGAACCCGAAUUGCAGACCAAGACGACUGAAUCGGUGUUGUCGUACAACAAAGGCCUAUAGUAAAUCAAUUACUGAUUACUGUCCACUUCCAAUGUGCCAUACAUACGUCGUACAGUAUACAAUGGUCUCUGAAUCUAUUGUUUGAUUUGUAGGUCAAAUUGUUUAAUGACAUGUUGUCAUGGUAUUUUUAAGAAAUGAUGAUACACCUUAAUUAUAGAUUUUAAUAAACUGAUACACCUUAAUAUUCUGCAAACUGACCUCAGAUUAUAUUUAAUUCCUUUGUGUUUAAUGGGCGUCCAUAUCGUCAUACGGGCUUUGGACAUUUUCAAGAUGAUUAUUAUCAUUAUUUUUCCCAUUUCGCCGAUCAUAUGCUUUUAAAAUAUGUGUUAUUUCCUUUCCUGAGUUUGAGUGUUCUUAAUUUCAAAGGUAAUAUCUUUUUGAUUUGUUCGUGUGUUCUUAAUUUCAAAGGUAAUAUCUUUUUGAUUUGUUCGUGUAUGGACAUUGUUUUCAUUAUGAUUUUUUUAUAAAGUAAAUUCAGCUUAAGCUGUUCACAAUAUCAUCUAACUAGAAUAUGUGAUUAUUGUAUAUGGAAUACAAUAGUAAUGUGUGAUUUUUAAUUCUUUUUUAUAGAUUUGUAUUUGUGGUGCUAGUUUUGUACUGUUAACUGUGUUUUGUUAUUGAAUCCAUUCAAACAUUUUAUUGAACAUCAAUCAAAAGGCGGAAGUGUAUACAAGAUUGGUGUAAGAAGCCCUUUCCAUGUUCGUGAAUCAUUUCGUAUCCAGGGAGCGUUUCAUCCGAAACGAAAAUUAUCAUUGUUGCUUUUUAUUCGCAGGAUUUUUAAUGUUGUGUUUAAAACAAAUGAUGUCUUCGAUGUUAUUUUCAAUAAUUAACCGAAUGAAAGACGAAUGAUAAAACACUAAAGAGACAGUAGGACACAGCCAAAAUACCUGACUUUAAUUUGUUCUUAUAUACAAGCAGUGCAAUUCUAUCCAAAUACAGACGGAUCGAGAAUCAAAUGCAUAAAUGUUAAACAUUUUGUGGUAUCUAGUCAUGUAUGAAGUUUGUCAUAAACCAGUAAUGUUCCCGUUUUAAGUAUAUAUUAAGUAAAUUUCAAAAGGUCACUUGCUCCUAUAGGGGGUUGUUUUAUAAAUCCUCAGUCAUUCAUAAACAUUCUUAGGGUGCUGUCAAGGCCUGUUUUAUUUUGAUAAACAGGCACUAUUUCCCAAAACCCUUGUUUUUUUUUUUUUUUUUUUUUUUUAUAAAAGUCAAUUUUCAGAAUUUUAUGGUGCUAUGUUGAUGUCAUACAAUAUUAUUUCCGGAAAUUUUACCACGCCAUCUUUAUGUUUUACAUAUGAUUUCCGGAAGUUUUACUGUGGUUACAAUGUUAAAAUUCUGUGUUUUUGUCUAUGUAUUACAUCAUAGAGUCCCGUAAGUUUACUGUUCUUCUUUAUCUGAAACCAAAAAGUCUCUAAAGUUUUACGGUCGUCUUAUUCGUUUUACAUAUUCAUUUCUGUUAUACAUGUAACUUACGGAAGUGUGAUUAUAUUUAUGUGUGUUGAAAUAGAUAGUGAUAGUUUUAUCAGGCAGGAACCUAGUAGAAUAUUAUUUUCUAUUGAAUUCAAUUUGACCAGGAUGUGUAAAUUAGUAACUUUGAAAGGUUAUCUGAAGAAAUGCAGCGUGCCAUAUGGAUUUAUAUAUAGUUUAAAUAAGAGAAACACUUUGUGUAUCUUGUAUAAUUAGAUGUAAAUAUAAAAAAGAAAUAUCAACUAAAAUUCCAAGACUUGAACAAUUUUAUCGAGUAUGUUAUGGAAUUUCAGUUGUCAUGUUCAUAUUUCUUUUUUAUGUUUACAUAUACACGUACAUAUACGUAAUUUCUGAAUAACGUUAUGUAGAUUUUGUCUUGGAUAUGAUGGGAAACAGUGAACCUCAGUGAAAUCUUCAGUAUUUCACUACUAGUAUUUACAUCUUUGAAAUAUAGCAUGAAAGAUGUAGAGAAAAAAUAUAUGAACAGGUAUAUAAUGUGUAGCACUCGAUGUAUGGAUGUAUGCUAUGUGUUAUCCCCUCGCGAUGAAUUUGAGGAGGGGGAUGCAUUGUUCCGUUCAUUCUUACGUGAAUAUGUUCAGUUCUUGUCAUAACACUAGCGACUUCAUUUAUUAUCAGACUCCACCAAUUGGUACAGUAUAAGAGGAUACCUUCAACGAGUUCAUGUUUCAUGGUGUCAAGGACUAGAUCAUAGCUAUUGUGUGUGGAAAAUCUUUGUCAUUGCUCGUGCAAAUUGAUUAGUCAUUUUAAACGGAUUUUGAUAAAAGAUUGCAUAUUGGCCAAGUAUGUGAAUACUUCGUGUUGGCUAAAGGGACCCACCAACCAAUUAAAAGAGACUUUUGAAAUUGCCCCUGUGAUUUGAAUUUGACUUUUGUAUACAAGAUUGAUCCAGGGAUAAAAUGUUUGGCAGCCACAUAGAUAAUGUUUAUAAUUUAUUGAGUUAUUGUUUAUAAUUAUCAGUCACAAUAAUCAAUAGUUUGAAAUUUUUUUAGAUUUUUUACCGCAGAAUUCACACAAUUUGAAAAUGGCUACUGUAGGAAAACUUUGAGCGGAAGGAUCCCACCAUUUGUAUCAAGUGUUGUAUCAGACCCUAAACUUUUGUUUUCAAUCAUAAUAGCCAAAGUGAGUUUUAAUGAUAUACUCUGGAACAUCAACACUGAAAUGGGAAACAAUUGGUUGGUUGGUCCCCACUUAAAUGACUGGGUAUCAUUUAAUUAUGUUGAAACGUUAGUUGUUGUUGCUGUUGUUGUUGCUGUU